AUGGGAGAAGAUAAUCAACCCACGAAUGUGUUAAAGCCAGAGGUAGAUUGGAACCAAGUAGAAGACGAACUCGCACUUGCCAAUUCUAAGGCUUUAAAUGCCAUAUUCAAUGGAGUUGACAGGAACUUCUUUAGGCUGGUGAACACAUGUGAAGUGGCCAAAGAUAUAGAUAAUGCUUCGAGUGCACUGGGAGGAAAGAUUCCUGAAGAAAAACUAGUGAGGAAAAUGCUCAGGUCUCUUCCCAAAAGGUUUGACAUGAAGGUGAAGGCUAUUGAUGAAGAUCAAGACAUCAAUCAAAUGAAGCUGAAUGAUCUAAUAGGAUCUCUUCAGACGUUUGAAUUAAGCAUUAAUGAUAGAUCGAAAAAGAAGAACAAAAACAUAGCCUUUGCUACUGACACUGAAGUUAGAUUGAAAGAAUGUGACCUGGACUCAGAAGAGCUAUGUUGCACCAAUGUUGAGAAGGAAGAACAACUAAGGACUAUCACUAAAAUGGAAGAAGAUAUUAGAUCCCUACAAUGUGAGCUGAAUAAAGUUCAAGAAUUUAUCCGAGUACAUAACAGUGGGCUCAUCUCCCGGGAAGAAACUGUUCGAGAAGAAACAAUGAUAUCUAACAUGAGCAGCCUAGGGCUGAAUGAAGAAGACAAGCCAUCUCGGGACUCCGGUCAUUCCGAGACUAGCUCUACGAUGUCACAUCAAAUGUCUCAACAUCCAAGCGAAGGAGCUGUCAUAAAGUCGGUGGACAACAAGGCCUGGAGAGCCGUGGAAAACGGAUGGAAACAUCCUGAGAAGGUUUCAAUUGUUAAAAGAAGAAGCUACGAAACCAUGGAAAAUCCGCAGGAAAUUCCAAUGCAAAUUCCGCAGAAGCUGUGUAUCAAGAAUGAUGAAGUCUGCAAACAAGUGGAGAAGCAAAAGAUAACCGUUAGGGAGCUGGAAACUGAGAAGAAUAAACAUCUUGCAACCAUAGACUCUCUAAAUAGUGAAAUGAGCAUGUUGAACUAUAAACUUGAUCAAAUGACUAAAUCCUUCAGAAUGCUGAAUAAUGGAACUGACACUCUGGAAGAAAUUCUGGCGUUUGGGCAGGAAGCACGAGAUAUGUUUGGGGCAGGAUUUGUGGCUAAAGCGGAAUUCACUUCUGGGACCAGGAGAUCAAAACCUGAAGCUUGCAUGAAAAACCAGAUGACAGCACCAAUGUCACAACAUCGAGGAAACAAAAGAAGGAGCCAUACAAAGAAGAAAUUCCAAAGAUGGAGGUGUCACCACUUUAGAAGAUUUGGUCACAUAAAGCCAUUCUGUUUCAGACUAGUUGGAUAUCCAAACCAAACACAUCAAGCCAAACCUAAACAUGAUUCUCUUAACAGGAAGCAACUUCGGGUGGCUAAGAAUGUUGCUCUAGUAGCACACACUUCUCUAAGAAUGCCUGCCAAGGAAGACUGGUACCUUGACAGUGGUUGCUCAAAUCAUAUGAUUGGAAGAAAGAACUUACUAGUAGACAUCAAAUUUGAUGGAACCAGUUAUGGGACUCUUGGUGAUGGAGAAAUAGGAGAAGUCAAAGGUGUUGGCAAGUCAGAAUGUCCUGGUUCUCCUAAUCUGAAUAGUAUCUUACUUGUACAAAGACUGACUGCAAAUCUUAUAAGUAUCAGCCAACUGUGUGAUGAAGGGUUCGAUGUCAGGUUCACUAAAUAA